AUGGAGACAUUAUUUGGUUGGACGGUACAGGGACCUAUUAGCCACAAGACCCUUUUGGACUGUGGAACUCAUCUCCUUGUCAGCGUCCUGCGUGUUGAUGCAGCAGAAGAGGAAUCGACAGCAGAAAUCCUACAGUCCUUCUGGCGACUGGACUCUAUGGGCAUUACUGACUCCAGCGAAUGUCUCUCCGACCGGAACCUUCUACAGUUUAAGGAGACCGUUAGGAAGACUGGCGGCCGGUACUCGGUGGCACUACCAUGGAAAGAAGAUCGCAAGCAUCUUCUAGGCGACAACCGUGACACAGCAAUUAACCGGCUUCACAAGCUCGUCAAAAGGCUCUCUCAGCAUGGUGGCUUAACAGAGAAAUAUGACACGACAAUACGUCAAUACUUGCAAAUGGGACAUGCUGAAGUGGUGCCGGACCGAAACGCUGAUAAUACCGUGUACUAUAUGCCGCAUCGCGAGGUUGUACGAGAAGACUCGCUGACCACAAAAUUGCGAGUAUUGUUCGACGCGUCAUCGCAUGCCAAAGGAUACAUGUCACUCAACGACUGUUUGGACAAAGGAACCAACCUUAAUCCUGAUCUGCUUCACGUGUUCCUUCGUUUUCGAUGCUACCCGAUAGCCAUCAACGCCGAUAUCGAGAAAGCUUUCCUGCAGAUAGAAAUACAGGAACCGGACCGAGAUGCCUUUCGGUUUCGUUGGUUUGAGAACGUGCCUCGUGGUGUAAACGACAGCAUAGUCGAAUGGCGAAUGACACGUGUACCAUUUGGAUCGACAUCAAGCCCUUUCCUGCUGAUGGCAACGAUACAUCACCACUUGGACAACGUUGGCGGAGAACAAAGAACAUUGGCCCGAACACUGAAGCAGAGUUUCUAUGUGGACGACUUGCUUAUAGGAGCCGAUAGUUUUGACGAAGGCUUAGACGUGUACAACAAGGCAAGGUCGAUCUUGGAAGACGCUGCAAUGAACCUGCGGAAGUGGAAGACAAAUGACACUCGGCUCCGGGAAGUUUUCUCGAAUAACGAAGAGUUUGUGGAAGGAUUUGACGGUACUUCAGCAAUGGUUCUAGAUGUCAACAACUCGGAGGAAAUUAUGGUUCCUUACACUGACUACGAGACCUGCUUUGUCGGCAUCAUUCGGUCUUCCGACCAGGAUG